AUGGUUUCCGCCCCCUCCAGUCGGCAUGCUGCCGAGGAGGAGGCGCGCGCCGAAGUCGACGUCCUCAAGUCGCAUCUCGACAAAAGAGCCCAGCUGACCAAGAAGAUCGAGGCCCAGCUGUCUCGGGUGCAAGGCACGGGCAAGCGCCUCAACGAAGCGGUUGGCCCUCUCAACGGGGAGACGAAGCAGCUGCAGGUCUUCUGCAAUAACAUCGACGGUGUACUCGCUGCCAUUGGCCGAUUGCGCCAACAGUCCGACAGCAAAAAUGACGAAGAGCAGAUCAUUCGCAUGGGGCCAGAGAAGGCCGGCCUUUCCAACUACCUCAGCUCGCUCAAACGUUUGAACAAGGCACUGGCCGACAUGAAAGCCUCGAAUCUACGAUCUACACAGCAGACGACCUCAGACCUCCAGCGGUUGAUUAAGUCCGGGAAUACGCAACUCGAGGCUUACUUCGACAAGAUGCUGCGAAGCGAAACUCCACGGUCCAUCGAGCCGCUCCAUUACAUCACCAAGCAGCAACCUUUCCCUGUGCUGUCCCAGGACAAGAAUACGAGAUUGGGCUUGUUGAAUUCGUACAUCGCAGGUGCUCACCGGGAGAGCGGCGUCAUGCAGGAGUCUCCAUCAGCUAAGAUUUAUGCCGAGGUCCGCGGGCCGUACCUGACAGCAACGUUGGUGAAUCUGGCGUCGGCAAGUGUGAAUACUGCGAAGAGGAAAGACUCAUCAUCAAAUUAUCGUGCCGGAACAAGCGGCAUCAGUACUUAUGCGCAAGCAAUGGAAGGCUUGUUCUUGGCCGAGUAUGAGAUAAUAUGUCGCAUCUUCACAAGAGAGGACUGGGGCCCAGUGUUCCAAGCAACCUGCCAGGCGCCUCUCGCUGAACUCGCCCGCACCUUGCGAGAGCUGAACAUUCACAUCAGAAGCCAUCUCAACACCGAUUGCUUUUUGGCAUACGAAAUAGUGGAAGUCAUGUCAAGUCUUUCCAACAACCUGGAGUCAACAACGGGAGAACUGAAGGCGUCGCUCGCAGCAGCGCUUAAGCCCGUUAAGGAGACAGCCAAGUCAUCCUUGGCUGAACUCUUGGAAGCGUUGCAAAUGAAAAUCAACAGCCUGCAAAUGCUGCCCGCGGAUGGGGCUCCCGUGCCCGUUGUGUCAGAUACCAUGCAAAGAUUACAAACGAUGGCGAACUUCCUGCGGCCCAUGUCGAUUAUCAUGGUAUCUAUUGGCGACGGGGGUUGGAAGUCGUCCGCGGCGGCAGCAAGGAAUGCUGGGGAUAGCGUACCUAACCUGGCGUCUUUUGACGUGAGCGCUGAUGGAACGGAGAUCUUCGCCAAUUAUUGCGCGGACACCAUUGAGACCCUUUUCUCGUCGCUAGAUUCGCGUGCCAGAGCUCUAUUCGGGAGGAAACCAGUGGUGGGGGUCUUUAUGGCCAACAAUAUCGUCAUCGCGGAGCGCAUGAUUCGGGACUCUGAACUGGCGCCUAUGUUACAACAGAAGCUCCCAGGCGUUAUUGAUAAUUGGCGGAAAAAGGCGAACGCCACCUACACGGACGUGUGCAAGGACGUGUCGGUUCAUCUUCUGGACGUUAUUCAUACCUCUCGCGCGAACCGGCCCACGUCUGGACAGGGUAUUGUGGACUCAGCGUCUAUCAUGAAGGGGCUAUCAUCCAAAGAUCGGGAGAAGAUCAAGGACAAAUUCCAGGCGUUCAAUGCUAGCUUUGAAGACAUGGUCGCGAAGCACAAGCAGUACAGCAUGGAGCCUGAGGUACGGCGAAUGUUUGCCAAAGCAGUGCAGCAGACUGUUGAGCCGCUAUACAACCGGUUCUGGGACCGGUACCACGAGGUCGACAAGGGCAAAGGCAAAUAUGUCAAGUUUGACAAGUCGAGCAUUGCGGCAGUUUUUCACACCCUCUACUAG